AUGCAUAAAUUUAGACAACUUCCAGUGAAAAGAACAUUUCCACAAAAUGGAAAAACGUGGGAGAUAACAAAAGGCAACGUGAAUAAAGCAAUUGAUUCCAGAUUCAAAGAAUUGCUUAUUCAGUGGGAAAAUGACCAUCAAGUGUACUUUGAAAUUCACAAGCAGCUUCUUUACGAAUUUCGUACAAGGCAUGCCACAGUCAUAUGUGAACCAGGCUUAAGGUUGAAUCUUUUGGAAGAGGAGCUUCAAGGUGUUGACAAAGCGAUGCAUAGUAUGGAAAGACAAGCUGAUUAUGCAAAGAAUAGAAGAAAAUUUUCGACAAAAACCAAAGUUAUCUUCGGUGCAACGAGCCCUCUUUGGAUUCCGUUUGGUGUGGCGGGUUUGGUGAUUGGUAUGCCUGUUUUAGGAGCAAUGGCAGUAAAACGUAAAGUUGAUGAUAACAAGAAGUUGGAUAAUUACAAAAAAAAUCCCCGUGACUACCUGGAAAAAAGAUCACGAAAAUACCUUGAGCGACUCUCAAAGGAACACGUGUUAGCAUAUGCCCAACGACAGAUGGAGAACACCAAAAAUGUGUUGUCAAAAUAUGGAGAUCAAAUUCCCAUCCUGAUAGAGGCAGGUCGAAAACUGGUGAAGCAUUUAUCUAAUGAGACUCGAACACAGGAUGAAGUAUUGAGACUUUAUGCCCCAAUUGAAAAGAAAAUUGUUGAGAUGAUAAACAAGAUCACACCCUUGGGAAUUGAGCUAUGUCCUGAAACAGUGAAUACAAAUGAUCUUGAAUGGAAGGAAGAGAAGGAAUCAUGUUUCGGAGAAGGAGAGUUUUCCAAAGUUUACAAAGGGAAGUUGAAGAAUGCUGGCGGAGCAAAAUUACAGAAUUCAGAAAUAAACGUGGCAGUUAAAGUGUUCAAGCAACCAUUUGAUGAUCUAAAUACUAGAUUCUUUCUGGAUGAAGAAGUGAAAAUCAGGGAUCUGGAACAUAAAAACGUUCUCAAGUAUUUCGGAGCAGCCAGAGUUAGUACUCCUCAUGAAAGUAACAAGUACAAAUUUAUAUUCGUGAUCAAAGCUUGCCAACAAAACCUGCGAAAUGUCAUUUUCGGAAAUGCAACUUUUGCACCUGCGAAAUCUAAAAACUCCAAUCAAGCAAUUGACAAGUUCAAGAAAUGGGCAAUGGAGAUACCGGAUGGUUUAAACUACAUUCACGAACGAGGACUUACACACCGUCAUCUGAAGCUUGAAAAUAUUUUGGAAGAUGAGGACGGGACGGUGAUAAUAUCUGAUAUUGGAAUUGUGGGUCAACAUCUGGAAACAGAGAGAAGCAUAACUUAUCUUGCACCUGAGGUAUUUGAAGAUCAGAUGAAUUGUACAAAAGAAGCAGAUAUUUACAGCUACGGCAUCAUGUUGUGGGAAAUGUGGUAUGGAAAACAGGCGUUUACAGAACUAAUGCCCAUUGAAAUAGUUGAAUUCCGAAAAGAGCUAGCUGAUGGGCAUCGCCCAAAGACAGGCUUCACGACGAUCAGCAUUCCAGCAAUACAUGCUGUCAUGGUGAAGUGCUGGGCGACUAAAGUUGAAGAACGGUAUUCCGCAAAAGAAUGCUGCAGGGUAUUUCAGGAUAUCAUAGAAGGCUGAGUCAGCAAGAAAACAAUUCGCACGACUAACUAUAAUUUUAACUUUCCAAAUGGGGAUAACACAUAAUGCAUUCAA